AUGUCAAGUGAACCAAGUCAUGGUAAAGAACAAAGAGACGAGUUCAAUAUCAAGACUGAAUCAUUUUUAAACUGGUUAAUUUCAAAUGGUGUUAAAGUAUCACCAAAAAUUUCAAUUCAUGAUUACAGAUUAUCUAAUCAAGGUCGAGGAAUAAUUGCAAAUGAAGAUAUCGAAGCAAAUGAACAGUUAUUCACACUCCCGAGAUCAGUGUUAAUUAAUGUUGUUAAUAAUUCAUUAAUUGAAAAAUACCCUAAUGUUCAAGAUAAUUUAAAAUCAAUGGAUCAAUGGUUAUCUUUAAUUAUUAUAUUAAGUUAUGAAUUUAAGUUUGGUAAUAAAUGGAAAAAUUAUUUUAAUAUUAUUCCUGAUGAAUUUAAUCAAUUGAUAUACUGGAAAAAUGAAGAAUUAAAAGAUUUGGAACCCAGUUGUAUCUUGGAAAGAAUAGGGAAGGAGAACAAUUUAAACAUGUAUAAUCAAAUUAUCAAGAUCAUUGAUGAUUUGAAAAUUGUGGAAUUACAAGGUCAAUUAUCGGUUGAAGAAUACAACAAAAUCGCUACUAUUAUAAUGUCAUAUUCCUUUGAUGUUGAGGUUCCUAAACCUAAAAGCGGAUCCAGACAAGAUAAAGAACAUCAUGAAGAUAAGUUUGAGGAGAAGGAAGAAGAGGAUGAUGAUGAAGAUGAAGAUGAAGAUGAAGAAGACGAGGAAGAACAAUAUUACAAAUCAAUGGUUCCAUUGGCUGAUACAUUAAAUGCAGAUACACAUUUGAAUAAUGCAGUUUUAAUGUAUUCUGAAACUGAUUUAAUCAUGACAAGUAUUAAAAAAAUUCCUAAAGGUGAACAAGUUUAUAAUAUUUAUUCUGAACAUCCAAAUAGUGAACUUUUAAGAAGAUAUGGAUAUGUUGAACCAAGUGGAUCAACCUAUGAAUUUGGUGAAAUACCAAUAUCUAUAAUUAAAUCAUACUUCAUUUCAAAAUAUAAUAUAACUAUGGAAAAAUUAAAUGAGAUUCUAAAUCUAAUUAAUCAUGAAUUUAAAUUAGAAAGUGAAUAUGACGAAGAACUUUUAUUAGAUUCUUAUGAUGCUUUUAAUUCAGGUGAUGUAAUUAUUGAAUUAAUAUUUUUAAUUCAAAUUUUAACUGUAAUUUUAUCAAUUGAUCAAGAAUCAAAUCCAGAAUCUAUUCAUAGAAUUUUCAAUAAAGUUUAUCAAUUAAUUGAAUCUAAAAAAAUUACUAAAAAAUUUGUUGAAAAUUAUCAAGAAAUUUUAAAAAUUAGAUUGAAUCAAUAUCCUGAAAUUGCAAAAAACCCAUUUGAAGAAUAUAAAGACAAUAAUUUAUCCCGAAAACAAAUGGCAGAAAUUAUUUUGAAAUCAGAGUAUAAAUCAUUAAAAAAUUGUUUUGAAAUCAAGGAUUACAAAGCUAUAGAUGAUGAGAAAUUGAUCAAAAAUAUAGUGAAAAAGAGAUCUACCGAAGAUCAUAAUAAAGCGACCAAAAAGUCAAAGAAAUAG